AUGGGCAAGUUUUGGGUGUUCCUUAAUGUCAGAUGUUGGACUAAUAGUAAACAAAGAAGCAUAAUCAACUUUUUGGUGAACUCCUCUUCUGGGACAAUGUUCUUAAGGUCAGUUGAUGCAUUUGACUAUGUAAAGACCGGUGAAAAGAUAUUUGAGUUGAUUUAUUCUAUUGUGGAGGAGAUUAGAGAGGAAAAGGUUGUCCAAGUUAUAACGGACAACGGAAAUUUGAUGUUAGAGGACAUUGGUAAGCUGCCCAAUAUAAAGAAGACCAUUCAGCAAGCUAUCUCUCUUGUUGGCUUCAUUUAUAGCCAUUCAAGCACUUUGAGCAUGUUGAGGUUCUUUACUGGUGUGAGGGAGUUAGUGAGGCAUGCAAUCACUAGAUUUGCAACAUCUUAUCUUUCCUUAGAGAGGAUUCAUCAAGAGAAAACUAAUCUUCGAAAGAUGUUUAUGUCAGAAGAGUGGAAUGAAAACAAGCUAGCAAAGGAGGCCAAGGGAAAAGAAGCCACUAAAACUGUCUUGAUGCCUAGUUUCUGGAAGAAUGUUGUUUUCAUUAUGAAAGUGAUGGCUCCUCUUGUAAAAGUGCUUAGGCUUGUGGAUAGUGAGAAAAAACCAGCCAUGGGCUACAUAUGUGAGGCAAUGGACAAGGCAAAGGAAACCAUUAUGAAAUCUUUUAAAAAUGAAAGCAAAUACAAGGAUGUGUUUGCAAUCAUUGAUAAAAGAUGGGAUAUUCAACUUCAUCACCCUUUACAUGCUUUUGGUCACUUUUUGAACCUAGAGUUCUUUUAUGCCAACCCACAGAUGGAGUUUAACGGUGAGAUUAUUAGGGGUUUGUAUGAUUGUAUCAAUAAAUUGCUAGGGGAUUUGGAGAUGGAAAAGAUUGUUCAUAAGGAGUUGGCUCACUAUAAAGCUGCGAGUGGUAUGUUUGGGUCCACAACUACUAUAGCAAUGAGGGGUAAAGUUGCACCGGCAUUUAUAGCUCAAUGGUGGCAGAUGUAUGGUUUAGAUACUCCAUAUUUGCAACAACUUGCAAUAAGGAUCCUUAGUUUGACAUGUAGUGCUUCGAGAUAUGAACAGAGAUGGAUGGGGAAAAAGGUGAAGAUGAGAGGGUUCAUGAAAGAGAUGAUGACCUUACAUGGAGACAAUUUUAUUAAGCUUAGGGACUUGAUGAGCCUAGACAAUACACUAGGCGUCACAAAAGGAGAGGGGCAAGUAGGAACAUCUACUAAUCCUUCUAAAAGAGCCAAAAGAGUAGUUUCAAAGAACAAGGGGAAAAAGGUUGAAGAUGUCGUGGCAUCAGAAGAUUCUAGCAGUGAGAAGGAGAAAUUAGUGCCAAAUGCUAAUUUCAUACAUUCAGAUGGAGAAAAAGCUGAAGGAUUUUUAAAUGAGCAACAUCAUCAUGUGGAAAUUAAUUAUGCAGACAUUGAUGAGGAUGAAAAGGAUUAA